AUGGGUCAAGGGCUCUCCAGCACACAGUUUUAUGUCUUUGGCAAGAAGCAUUUCACAGAGACCGGAUAUAUCAAGCACAUCAAGAAAUACGCUGACCCCCUCCAGAAAGCAGCUGGAAUUAGAUUUGGAGCUGAAGGCGCUGAUGGCGUCGAUAUGACAGGAAAGGUGGUGCUUGUCACAGGUGCGAACUCUGGCAUUGGAAAAGAACUUGCAACAUACGCAGCUGCCAAAGGAGCGAAACUGUACAUGCUUUGUCGCUCGAAGGAUCGAGCAGAAAAGGCAAAAAAUGAGAUCAUGGAAGCAACAUUGAAUGACAAUAUAAAUAUUCUUCUUGCUGACAUGGGGGAGCUUGCUCAGGUUCGAAAGAUGGUUGCCGAGCUGCAAGAGAAGGAACCAAAAGUCGAUUGCCUGGUGUGCAAUGCCGGAGCACUCUUCAACGAUCGAAGAGAAUCCUCAGAGGGAAAUGAAAUUACAUUUGCUUCUCAUCUAUUGGGUGGAUCCUACCUGCUAUCACAACUCCUUUUGCCGCAACUGAAAGCCUCCGAAAGUGGAAGGGUAAUUUUUGUUAGUAGUGGAGGCAUGUACAACACUAAGUUCCCAUCUUGGGAAAUUGCCACAAAUGCGUCGAAAGAAAAGUAUGACGGACAAUUUGCGUACGCAUACGCAAAACGAGGCCAGGUAUUGCUCGCAGAGGAGCUCGCAAAGAGUGUUCCAGAAGUUUCUUGGGUUAGUUCUCAUCCUGGAUGGUGUUCAACGGAUGCUGUAGAUGCUGCAUAUGGAGAGAACAAGAAAUAUUUGGAGCCUAUGAGAAGUGCUUGGGAGGGAGCUGAAGGCAUCGCUUGGCUAAUGUCCACGCAAUCAGGACUUGAAUCGGGUGAGUUUUAUUUGGAUCGUUCUCCCCAGCCCAAGCAUGUUGCAUUCGGAUCAUUCACGAAGAACAAGCCUGAGGAAGUUCAAGAGAUGAUGGACAAGUUGAAGUCUGCUGCCGGACUGUAA